GAUCAAACAAACACAAGACUUUGUUUCAAAUCCCCCCAUUUGUCUGAGGUUUGUACUCUCAUUGAAAUUUUUAUCUUUGAUCCUCAGACAUUCAAAGACAAAAAAAAGUUCCUUAAAAGAAACAUUCACAAGAAACAAAGAUUAUCUUGUGUGGAAAAUUAAUUAAGGGGAAGAAAACAACAUGUCUUUCACCGGAACUCUUGACAAAUGCAAGGCUUGUGACAAGACUGUUUAUGUGGUUGAUUUGUUAACUCUUGAAAAUAUACCAUAUCAUAAACAAUGCUUCAAAUGCAGUCAUUGCAAGGGAUGUCUUACGAUGAGUACAUAUUCUUCCAUGGAUGGAAUUCUCUAUUGCAAGACACAUUUUGAACAGCUAUUCAAGGAAUCUGGCAAUUUUAGCAAGAACUUCGCAAAGUCUUCUGACAAGCAAAAUGACCUGAAUAGGACACCAAGUAGACUAUCUUCCAUGUUCAGCGGUACCCUCGACAAAUGCGCGACUUGCUCUAAAACCGUCUACCCACUCGAAAAGGUGACAAUGGAAGGUGAAUGCUACCACAAAAAUUGCUUUAGGUGUGCUCAUGCAGGGUGCCCUCUCACACAUUCAAACUAUGCUGCACUUGAUGGUGUCCUCUACUGUAGGGUCCAUUUUGCACAACUUUUCAUGGAGAAAGGUAACUAUAGCCAUGUACUCAAAUCUGCACACAAGAGGAAUGGUUCUUCUCCACUUUCUGAAACAACACUUGAAGUUGUUGAAGAGCCUUCACAACCAGCAGAAGCUGAUGAAGCACCUGAAGACCAACCAGCUGAAGAAACCUCUUGAAUGA